CGCCUUCAGGACGUUGCAAUGGUGCCCUCACUCGCUCAGGUCGAUAACUGAAUGAAUGACGUCCUGCCUUGAAACCGACACCGACAAAAGGUAAAUCAGUUAGGCUCUUUUGCUACGAUCCCGGGCCCCUGGAACCUGGUGAACGUCGAAGAGCAGGAGGAAGUGGGAGACCGGCAGCUCGGCUUUCGUCUUGACGCCGCCGAAUACAUUUCUCACAAAUUGUUAGAGAUGUCAGGCUCGGAUUCGCUAAAAGAUGGACUCUCAUUACCCCCACCGCCCAUCGAUAAGCGACUCAGGCUUCCGGAAGGUCAGAAUGCAAUAGCGACCAAGAGCAAGGCCAGUAAUGCAAAGACAAAGAAGGAUUAUCGAGGCUUCGUAGCUGGAGUAUUUUCAGGGAUUGCGAAACUGAGUGUUGGCCAUCCGUUCGAUACUAUAAAGGUUCGGCUGCAAACCACACAAAGCACACGUUUCAAGGGUCCGCUAGAUUGCCUCUUGCAGACCCUGCGUAACGAGGGCGUCACAGCAUUGUACAAGGGCGCCACGCCCCCUCUCAUGGGGUGGAUGGUCAUGGACUCCGUGAUGCUAGGCUCCUUGACCCUUUAUAGACGGUUGUUGUUCGAACAUGUUUUCAGCAACCAGAGACUGCGGACGAUUAUCCCGUUAGCGAGCAAAGAUACACCGGACAGGCUUCCAGCCUUUGGCCACGGAAUUGCCGGAAUCAUGGCUGGCUCGACGGUCAGCUUCAUAGCGGCUCCGGUAGAACAUGUCAAAGCUCGACUGCAGAUUCAAUACGCAGCGGAUAAGAAGCAGCGACUAUACAGCGGCCCGGUCGACUGCACGAGGAAAAUUCUCCGCCACCACGGUAUCCGAGGCCUUUAUCACGGUCUUUGCUCGACACUGCUAUUCCGCUCUUUCUUCUUCUUCUGGUGGGGCACGUAUGAUAUUUUCUCGCGAGUGAUGCAGAAGUACACCAAGCUUUCCGCACCCGCAAUCAACUUCUGGGCUGGCGGCCUUUCAGCGCAAGUGUUUUGGAUCACAUCAUACCCAUCCGAUGUUGUAAAGCAGCGUAUCAUGACGGAUCCAUUGGGAGGCGGGCUUGGUGACGGCGAGAGGAAGUUCCGGCGGUGGAAGGAUGCAGCAAUCGCCGUUGGAAGAGAAAACGGCUGGAGGGGUUACUGGCGAGGGUUCCUGCCAUGCUUUUUAAGGGCGUUCCCUGCGAAUGCCAUGGCGUUGGUGGCCUUUGAAGGGGUGAUGAGAUGGUUACCAUAAUAUCCAUAAAUAGAGGAAGCAUAUGAAACAGCCGCUCCUCCGCGAAGGGCCCUGGUACGAAGCAACUCCCUGGUCAAUCAAUCCAUCCGCGUGUUUGGAAGACCGAGAUGCAUGGAUGGCUACGCGAGAAAUAGCCCGAUCCCGUGUCACUGUCGAUCUCGGUGUGUGGAGUAUUUUGUAGUUUAUUCACCACGUAGUUAGUUAACGUCGUCGUCCCAGAAGAAGUGUCUGGUUGCUCUGUA